UAUGGCGCGUAGUCACUAUUUACGUUUGUUGUUUUGCAUGUUGCUUUCUGAACGAUACAACUAUAUACUCUAACGAAGAAGAUAGCAAACGUUGUGAGUCUGGUAUGAGCACAAUUGAUUUGGUGAGCAAUAAACUAUUCGAAGAAAUAAAACAAGAAUAUGACAAAUACGGCGAGUUGUCGGACAGCCACCUUUCAGCAUUAAACUGUAUGUUUGGUCAACCUUUACUUGCUGCACUUGAUUUAGUUGAUAACUCAGCUGUCACUCAUAUUGUAUCUCCAACUGAGAAAGAGGUUUAUCAGGUGUGCAGUAAUUCAGGGAGAAUAUACACCUGUCCUGCGUCCUUGCAGUUUUGUCCAUGUAUGUCCUUUGCUUUCGGUGUUAUUAAGCGUGAAGAACUAAUCACUUGUAAACAUGUUUUAGCAAUUUUACUGAGCAAAGCAAUGGGCCUAUGCACUGUGGUUGAAAAAAGUGAUGAGGAAAUAUCAAUUAUAUUGUUUCAACAAGAAUAUUGAAUUCUGUACAACAAGCUGUUAAAAUCUAAAUUUAUGAUGGAAAAAUCAACUUUAAGUGUGAUUGCUGUUGUGUUUUUUGUGGUGUUAUACCAAGUGGCUGUAUGGCCCCUGCUGUUCACUGUCAGUGUUUUCUGUGUUGUUACUUCUACUGGACUGUAUAUGCUUGUUGCUAAUGGCACAUUAUUGCCAAUUGAAGGGAUUAUCAUGGAUCUAUACUCAAAAGUGUCGGGCAAAAAUUUACCAAGCCAAGAUUCAAAAGAAGAAGUCUUACAAGAGAAUUUAAAUGACACACCAUCUAAAUACGAUGAUGAAAUAACUCGUAAACUGCGUGAGCUUACGGGUCAUAUUGUGAGAGAUUUCAUUCUUGAUUGGUACAACACUGUGAGUGACAAUGUUGAAUUUGUCCAAGAAGCUUUUGAAGUAUUCGAACACGUUCUUACUGAAGUGCGGUCACGAGUUACUGCUAUUAAUUCUCAUACAUUCGUCCGUGUUUUAUUGUAUCGUUUAAAGCGACAUUAUACCUGCUACAAGCAAGCAGUGGACUAUGCACAGUCUGUUAAUAACACUGACUCAACAAGAAAAGAACAAACAGUGGUAGUAACUUAUGAAAAGCUUAACGGCCAUCUUGCCAUGUCAAACUUACCUGACACUGAGUCUGAUCAUCUUCGUUCCCUCACUGCUAUUCUUCUCAAAGGAUUACUACCUUCAGAUUACAAGUUAACAGGGACAUCAAUGUAUCUUGUACGUGAACUUAUAUCCAGUAAUGUCAUGCUUGCUGUGGUUGACAUGGCAACUAAGCCGGACUGGAUCAACACAAUGAUCAUCCGUGUUCUUGAAGAUGAUGUUGAAGAUGAAAGUGGAUCUUCCACUUACUCUUCAAGUUCUGAGAGCGUGGAAACAUUGGAAGCAGAGGAUGAUACUCGGAACUGUAUAGUACUUCCUCCUACUCUUGAGAGCAGUGUUCACGAGGAACAGCCAGCCACAUUCCAACCGACUGAACCCUCAGUUCGAUACUCAGUGUCAAUGGAUAAAAAUACAGUGGAGAUUGAUUUACCAAUUCACACUUAUACUGAUACUGACAAUGUAAAUACGUUAGAGUUUCAAUCGGAACAUUUGAAUACAAUGCAAGAUGAUCAAGAAGGCUCUGAGUCAAUAGAAGUCGACACAGAGUUGGUUCAUUUCUCAGACAGUGGGGAAGGGCGUGACAAAAAUGUCGAUAAAAAUUUCAACAAACAUACAAAGCUACCAACUGUGGCUUCAGAUGAUUUUAAUUUGCCGGCAUUUCCUCCAAGAAGACCUCGUUAUUUUCGCCAUAUUCGAAUCCAUGAAGCAGUUACUGUGGAUGAGGCAUUUGAAGGUGGUGGAAGAUACACGUUGUAUAAGAUAACAUACUUUGCACCACCUCAUAAACAAAUUAAUAAAAGGAGGACAUCGAAUUUUAAUCUUUCUAAUUCCUCUUCCAAUACCAUGGAAGCUGAUCUUAAGGAGUUUCAGGUACAAAGAAGAUUUCGGGAGUUUCUGACUCUUCAGGAUCGAUUAAAUGAGAAGCAAAAGAUCCGAAAGUUGAUGACGAAGAUCAGAGGACCUUCCAGGAUGUUCCCUAUGCCCAUUGGUAACCUCGACAAGCAAUACAUUGAAAAAAGAAGAAAACUUCUUCAAGCUUUCAUGCGUGAGCUUUGUUCGUAUCCAGAGAUCAGUGAAACUGUUGAACUACGUCAAUUCCUCGCGUACACAACUGAUCCACGAAUUGCAUUUGUAAGGAAGUCUUCAGAAUAUAUACCAAGAUUCGACAAAAUGUUCAAGAAUGCAUUUAAUGAAUUGAUCGGUGCGGCAAGCAACAAACUCAGCGAUAAAUUCUCCCUUGAACAAGAUGAUGUUUACAUCCAACCACACACACAAAUAUCUGCCUCUAAAUCAAUGCCCAUUCUCAAUGAGUCAAAACCCUCAUGUAGCUCCCAUAGAUCAGCUCACACAAAACACAAAGGACCAGUUACGAGGUUCAAGAACAUAAUGCUGGGCAAGACUCUUGAUUCCGACAAGUAUGAGGACGUAGUUCGAGAUUACUCCCCAUUUACUGGACCUAGAAACUCAAACCUUGUCACAUUUGGAAGAAAAUGGAGAAGUCCCGAGAAUCUUCUAACCAACCGAACACGAUUCUGUGCAUCUUCCAUGGGAGGACGGAGAACACAGGGUGAUGGGUGCGAUAAUGUUAUAAGUUUAGAACAACACGGCAACGGCUUGCUUGGUGAUUGUAUCUUAGCAGGUCAAGUAUUCCGAGUUGCGAAGAUAAUCUGGAACAUUCCUCUUGGUAAACAUUCCUUAUCUGUUGUUUGUGUUGCACGAUUUGUACAGCAGUAUAUGGAAAUCAAAAUUCAACAACUGCUUCAAAAAGAUAAAUGGAUGCAUUAUUUAAAGACAUUCCAAAACUCACUGUGGCCUAGUGGCGUAUGGGGCGAAACUGACACGAAAGAAAACGAAGAUCCGAAAGAAAAUUACGACAAAGCUCAGCUGGUGCUUGAAGACACAUUUCCUGAUGUGUUGAGGUUUUUAGUUGGGGAUGCAGAAUAUAAACAUGGAGUUUCAUCUUUGCUGGAGUCCUUCCAACAUCCAGUGAUAAAUCGUCAUCUUAUUUAUCAUCUCCUAGACUCUUCACUCCAACUUCUCUUCCCAGAUUUUCAAAACAUUUUAGCAAAGCGACGGAAUAUCUCAAUUUAGUGGUUCUACCUAGUUCUUAACAUUCUUAUUUAUUAGAUAGCGCAUCAACAUGUAGCACAACUAGUGUAAUAUUUAUUUAGCAAAAUAUCUUUGUGUCUCACCAGUUCCUUUCAAUGCAACUUGUGUUAUUUUCAUAUCUGCCUGCUUUCACGACAUAAAAUUCAACCCAUCGUUACAA